AUGGCCGACCGCCGGCGAACCCUGCGCAGCCACACGCGCCGCGCAUCCAUGGAGAACUGGAGCGAGCGGAUCAAAGUCCGUCGAUGGCUCGAUGAUGGUCACGGCAUCUUCAUUCAGCGAAGGCUCCACGGCGAGGGAAACGGCCCGCUACCGUAUUCUUUCGAAGUUACGGAGCACGGGAGCGUCGAGUUAUGCCUCAUGGUGAACUGGACCUUUUUCGUCGCGACUUCGCCCCGACGCCGCCUCAAAGACUGGUUCGCUGUGAACCGGCAUGGUGAACCCACCAAGGAUUUGAGAUACGACGGCCUGUAUAACUUGGGGGCCAGCCAAGGAGGGCUCGGGCUGCUCGCAGGCCCCGGAGUAUGGAAUCUCGACGUCUUUGUGGACUUGGCCUCCGACGCCCUUCUCAUCAUGGCCACAGGCCUUCUCCCCUGCGGAAGCAUCCAACACUCGCAGCUGCGUCUGCCGCUUGUUGUGCUCGAGGACUGCAUUCCAGCGACCGGUGAAGAUUUCCUCCGCCUCCACGUAGACCUCAACGAAGUGGAGAUAGAAUUUCCAGGAGCUAUCGCGGAACAGCACCAAUUGGCAUUGGCCGAAGGUCAGGCCACUUCUAGGAGCAUCGCGGCCGCCCACACAGUCAGCGAUGCGGGAGGCGGAAGACCAGUGGCAGACGACCCGGAGUCAACCGAUGAUGACGAGACUGAAGAUCAAGGGCCCGAUGACGGCAGGUCACCGAGCAUGCGUGCCGCAUCAUCACCCGUCACGGCCGAAUCGGACUCGAGGGUCCCUUCCUCCCACGGUACUCAAUCUCGCGAUUCCCAGUCCCCGGAGACUUGGGAAGAGGAUGCGGAGAUACAGUGGUAUAACCAUCGGGAUCUCUAUGCCUUAUCGCUAGACACGCAGUCCCAGCAACGUCCACCUGAUCUACAUGGGCUGUAUACGCGAGACCUGCAGUCGCGCUCGCUGCCCCUUGGCCGCGCUACCGAUGUUUACCGGCGAAAUUCACAGGAAGAGAGUGAAGAACAUCUCUCUCAACUCAAUCAACAUGCCUACCGCCUGCAGGUCCGGCGAAGACCGCCCGAUCUGCCCCAUGGGCAGUACUUCCGCGACAAGCAGUCACGCUCGCCACCCCUCGACCGUCCUAGCGACGGCUACCAGCGAGAAUCACAGAAAUAUCAGCAGAUACAGCCUCAUUCACGCAGUCAACUUGAAAGCGGCCACUCCUAUGUCUCGCAGUGGCAUAUUCACCAGCCUCCGACCAGCUACCUCAGGAACUCCUAUUCCCGCUCACAGCCUCACACAGACUCAUUCACAUCCGAUACGCCCGGCGACAGCUACUACACACCCCACAACACGCAGCCGCAGCCGCAGCCGCAGCCGCAGCCACCAGACGGUUCGGGUGCGGUUGCCCACCAACAAACGGCAGCGGAGAGCGAUCACUGCUCGAUGUGCGGGUCCCCGUCGUCUGCAACUGCGUCGAGCUCGGCCGGACGGUGGGGUAGCCGGGAGGAAGGGAUCGAGCUCGAAAGAGUGAAGUUCGGCGGGCGGUUGGGGCGGUGGCCUGGUGAGUUGCGGUGGAACGAGGAAGGUCCGAGUUUCAGCGGGACGGAUAAGGAGUAG